AUGUCAGAAAAGCCGGAAAAUGCCAAGACCAAGGUCGGGCUGCCCACGGGGCGGUAUUUGAAGCCAGAGGAGAUUGAGUACGAGUUCGGGGGCCCGGCAGGGGUUCUGGGCAUGUGCCUGGGGUUCCCGGCAAUUAUGUACUACAUGUGGGUGAGCGUGGAGCACUACGGCGGACUGCCGGCGUGGCCAGCAGCAGGGCAGGGUGCCUGGGAGUUCGUGCGGGAGCUGCUGCUGCAUGUGGCGGCCGACGCGACGCCGCGGCUGAGUACAUGGGCGCUGUUCUGCGCGUUCUGGGCGAUGCAGGUGGUGUUCUACUACACGCUGCCGGGCGUGUGGACCAAGGGACAGCCGCUGACGCACCUCAAGGGCAAGCAGCUGCCGUACUUCUGCAACGCGCUGUGGAGUUUCUACAUGACGCUGGUGGUGGUGCUGGGGCUCCACUUUGGCGGCGUCGUGCCGCUGUACAUCCUGCUGGACCGCUUCGGCGAGUUCAUGACGUGCUCGAUCGUGAGCGGGUUUGCAUUCUCGAUUGGCCUGUACCUGUGGACAUUAUUUGUGAGCCACGACUACUACCGCAUGACGGGUAACCACUUGUACGACAUGUUCAUGGGCGCGCCGCUCAACCCGCGGUGGGGCAUUCUGGACCUCAAGAUGUUCUUCGAGGUGCGGCUGCCCUGGUUCAUGCUGUUCCUGCUGAGCCUGGGCGCUUCGCUGCGCCAGGUGGAGCUCUAUGGCCGUCUGUCGCCGCAGCUGGCCAUCGUGCUGCUCGCGCACUGGCUAUACGCCAACGCGUGUGCCAAGGGCGAGGAGCUCAUCGUGCCCACAUGGGACAUGGCGUACGAGAAGUUCGGCUUCAUGCUCAUCUUCUGGAACAUCGCCGGUGUGCCGUUCACCUACUGCCACUGCACGCUGUUCUUGGACCGCCGCGCGCCCGCCGAGUACGCCUGGUCGCCCGCGUACAACGUCACCCUCUUGGUCGCGCUGCUGGGCGCGUACUACUUCUUCGACACCACCAACGCCCAGAAGAACGCCUUCCGCAAGCACUUGGCCGGCGACACCUCCAUCCGCCGCACCUUCCCGUACCUGCCCCGCCAGAUCCUGCAAAACCCUCAGUACAUCACCACCAAGAACGGCUCCGUGCUCCUGGUCGACGGCUGGUACCGCUACGCGCGCAAGAUCCACUACACUGCCGACUGGGUCCAGUCGCUGGUCUGGGCUCUCUGCUGCGGCUUCUCCAGCCCGUUCCCAUGGUUCUUCCCUGUCUUCUUCUUCGUGGUGCUCUGCCACAGGGCGAACCGCGACAACAUUAAGUGCAAACGCAAGUACGGCGCUGAUUGGGACAGGUACUGCAAGCUGUGCCCAUGGAUAUUCAUCCCAUAUGUCUUUUAA